AUGAGCGACGAGUGGAUCAUGAUCAAGGAGAACCGGGGCGACGGCUCCAAGUCUGGCCCGCCCAAACCCACCCCCAACCCUCUCUCCUUGAUGGAGCGCACAAACGACACCCACGACAACGAAUCCUUUGAGUCCUUUGAGUCCCGAUUCCCAGUCCUCCACUGGGACUGGGAGAGCAACCCCCACCAACCCGGUACAUGGAUCGGCGCCGACCCCUCCAGCCCCACUGCCAACGAUACCAACCCCCUCUCCGACUCUGUCCACGAUACUAGAACGCUAGCAAAACAAUACCUCACCGCAGCCCCAAUCCACGCAUACCCGCCGCCCAGACGCCCAACCACCACACCCAACUGUGGGGCGUGGGAACGGCUCACCACGCCCCCGGCCCCAGCGUCGCCGCGACUCACGACCGCCCUCCCACCCUCGCCUCAGGCCGUUUCACCAUCGCCAGCAACAAAGCUGCCCACACCUAAGCCCAAGCCCAAGCGCUCACCCACCUUACCGGGAUCGUAUACUUCCUGGAUGCGGGAUCUGGAGCAGCCCGACCCCCCGCCCCCAACGCCAGCAGAGGACUCACCAUUCCAGUAUCCCCAUACCGGUGUACAUGUACAUCCGCCCCAGGUGCCAUUUUCCGAGACGUAUCUUCCGACGUACGCCCAGCCGCCGCCUGGCAACACCCACCCAGCCGAAGCGCACGUCCACGAUCUCGUGGCCAGUUUCGAGGCAAUGACCGUUGGCGAGUUGGACAAUCUUGCCCCAUCUCCCAUCCACCCUCCUCCCCACAUUAGCUUCCAGCAACAUUUCUCAAUGGGGUUCGCCGGGCCUCGCACUCUUUUGGCACUCUCCCUCCCCCUCGCCAAUGCUCGUACCGCCAUCAACCCCCAUAUCUCACUCGCGCUCAGCUUCCUUCCCAACGCCCUCGCCUGGCCGCCCCAACAUCCUCCGCCCAGCCAGCACCAAGCCUUUUGA